AUUCAUCUAAAUUAAAAGCUUUAGUUUUCGCGGUAAAAAUAAUGAUCGAAAUGAUCCUUCAAUAAGGAAGUUCACUUUUUUCAUUCUUUCCUACGAUUGGCUACACUUCUAGCAAUGGUAUAAUGGCUUACAUUCGAUACACAUAUGUCAGAAAUAUAUAUUGAAUAAUAUUUUACCAAUCGAGAAAUCGAAUAUUUAAUUACUUUAUUACUUCAAACAUGACGUUUGACAACUAAGAGCCUAACCUUGUGUGAUUUGUGUAUUUAUAUACUGUAUUUAUAGCUACACGCGCUAUUUGACUGUAGCUAUCAUGGACAAUGAUGCAGCUGCUCUACAGAAUUUGGAGCAUCUUAUGACUGAGUUUUUUUCUCCAGAGACAAAUAAUGAACGAAAACGUACAAUUGAACGAAGUUUUCAGGAAUUUGCAGGACAAAUUGAUUCCUGGAGACCUUGUUUACAUUUUUUGUCUUCUACUAACAAUCAUUAUGUCAGUAUGUUUGCUUUGUCUACAUUAGAGACAACAAUAGGAAGAAGAUGGCCAAUACUUCCAUGGGAAGACAAAGCUCUUACACGAUCAACUUUAUAUACAUUAUCAUUAGAAAGAGGUGUAGCUCCUUUUGUAAGAAACAAAGUAGUCAAACUAGUCGUAGAUAUUGCUAGGCAUGACUGGCCACAUUUUUAUCCAGAUUUUUAUUCAAAUAUUUUACAGUUAUUAAGUCACAAGCAUACAAGAUUAUUGGGUCUUAUCUAUUUGCGAACAGCUUCAGAAGAAUUAGCAACUCCAAGAGAAGAUUUACCAAUACAAAGGAAAAAUGAGUUAUUUAGGUUUCUUAGUGCUCAAGUGCCUUUGACUUUGGAUACUCUUACAAUUCUUCUAAAAGAAACAACAAAAUUACAAAAUCGUUCUGGAACAGUUACACCACCCCCAUCACCCACCAGUGGACAAACUGUAGCAACUGCAAGAACUAUUCUAGAUGUAGAAGGAUUAGCCACAGGAACUAAUGAAGUAUGCAUAGCAACAUUAGAUGUAUUAGCACACUUGUUUAGUUGGAUUGAAUUAUCAGAACAUAUUUCUACAAAUUUAUUGGAUGCCAUUUUUACCUGUGCCAGGUAUCAUGAUGCAAUGAAUGGUAAACAAAUUGAAAUGGCUGUACAAGCCGUGACCACAAUAAAUGAACUUUUAUAUAGACCAUUAUGUUCACCUGAUGUAACUGAUAGAUUAUUAGUAGAAAUAUUUCAAAAUGGAGUCACAUUAUUUCAGCUUCUGGAACGUUUAGAUUCUAUUAAUGAAAGUUACAUGGAAAAAUUGACGGAAUUCUUACAAUUAUUUGUAACAAAUCAUCUAAAAAGAGUUGAAUCGUGUUCAAAAUUUCCAGUAAAUACAUUAUUAGAAGUUUUGUGUCAUCAUACUUUUCAACAAUGUUCAACAGUAAAUGGAUAUCUACGAUGUUUAGAUGUUUGGACUACUCUUUUAGAAAGUACUCAAUCCCGUUAUUCUCCAGUAGCUUUAGCUCUUGCCGAAAGAGUAUUGCAAAAAAUGAGUUUUAAACUUAAUACUCGUAUAUUGAAAGAUCUUGAUACAGAAAGUUUGGAUGAAAAUGAAGAAACAGAAUGGCAACAUUUCUUAAGAUGUAACAUAGAAUGUUUAGCGAAAAUAGCAGAUAUAUCUCCAAUUCCAAUUUUUACAUUAUUGUAUCGUUCUUGGAGGGAAGGAUUAAUAAUUUUUGGAGAAUUAGGAUCCGUUAUUGCUAAUAAUCAAGUUAUUUUGUUAAAUGAAUCAGAGGCAUCAAAUGUUCAUGCACAUUUACGAGACUUAGCUUCUACUACUCAAGCAUUAGCUAGAUUAUAUUCACUUUUUCUUGGGGAUGAUCAAAGUAUUGACCAGUCACUAGCUGAAGAAUUAAUAUCUCAGACAUUAGAUGCAUGUAAAUUUGCUAAAACAAAUCAGUUAUAUAAAGCAUCAUUGCAACCAGCUGCAAUUGUAAUAGAUCUCAUAGAAGUUCAUUCACAAUUGUUAGCAUCUCUUCAAGCUUGGUGUCAUUGGAUAGUUAACAGACCAGAAAAAAUAAAAGAAUCACUUUGUCAACGAUGUAUUGAUUCAUGUAUUUUAGCAUUAGAUUAUACAACAUUCUAUGACAAUCCACCACCAACAAAUUUAACUCAUUCCGCUACACAUCUUUUUCAAAGCAUCACUGCUAUUUUGAAACCAGUUUUAUGGGAUGAACCUGCGUUUAGAAACUUAAUUUCUAUGGUAACAUAUCCAUUUUUCAAGCCUGAUACAAUAAAAGUAUUGCGAAGAGCAUUAGUAAAUGCAAUUAUCUUACCACCUGGUGAUGGAUCUAUUAGAGAAAGAUUAUUAGGCACGAUGAUAUCAACAUUAUCUACGCCUCUCGGUUUAGAAGGGCAACCUGUACCUUCGGAAUCUACAAUUUCAAUAACAAUUGUGCCACUUACUCAAUUAUUAGAAGACUGUUCCGCUUCAUCUACAACGAUAAAAAAAAUGUUACAUUCAUGUUUGGGAUCAACUAUAAAUCGAACAUUAGAAUUAUUGCCAUUUAUGAUAAGAUGUCAGAGUGUAUGCGAAGUCUUGCUCCGUUUUUUGCAUUCAGUAUUUUCAGUACUACAACAACAAUUGGGCCCGGAAUUUACUCAAAAUGCAGUUCAAGGAAUGUUACAUAUUUAUACCAGAGAAAAUAUAUCCGCAGGACCUGCAUUAGAUCAAUUAUUAGAGAUUUUAAUAUUAGUCGUAUCAGCACCUAGCAGUGCAUUUAAAGCAUUUGUUCCUUCAGUGACUAACUUAUGCUUAGGUCAAGUAUGGCCUGCUGUCGGAAAUGAUCUUAGCGCGCAUCCAGAUACUACACUCGUUUUAUUAAAACUUUUCCAUAGUAUACUUAUGCAUCGAUGGCAAUAUUUUUAUAAUACUUCGAUAUUACGUACUCUUGGUCAUACUGACGAAGAAGAAUCUGUUGAGCAUAAAGAAGAAUUAGUUGCAAUUUUAGAAGCUUUUGGUCAAGCUCUUCUUCAACCAGAUGUUAACAUAUUUCGUCAAAGUUUACAAAGUCUUGAACAAUUAAAUGUACGAUGGCGGCUUUAUCAACGAGCUGUAUUUAAAGUUCAUUUACUUGAGAGAUUUCUAAUGGCAUUAUUUACUGUUCUGUUUCAACAAUCCCAUAAUUUAUUAGCAGAUGAAAUUGCAACUGCUAUUCAUAGUUUAGCUUCUGUUAAUAUAGCAUGGUUUUUUGGACAUUUUUUACCGACAUUUUUAACAAGUUGUGAAGGCGUAGACGAUAUGCAAAAAGCUACAUUAUUAGGAAAUUUUGAUAAGUCUACUGAUCAACCAACUUUAACAAGAUCAGUAUUGCAAUUAAUCUCUGAUCUACGAUGUUACCAAUUUUGUCGACCUGGCUGAAAUAAUCAUAUUCAAACGAAUUACAAUAACAUGUUUAAUAUAAUUUCAAUAAUGAAAUUUAAGAAAAACAAAUGUAUUUCCAUGCCUCAAAGGAUAUAUCAAAGAUUUUUUAAGCAUAAAAUAUAAACGAACAAAUGUCUUUUGAAUUAUUAUUAUUCUGUGUAAAUCACUGCCGUAUCGCAUUGUGAUGUUGGUAGCAUUAUUGUUACGGAAUAAAACGCGUUUUUCUAAUGUUUUAAUUA